AUGACCUCAAACGGAACCCAACGUAACGACCUAGAGGACUUUGAAGCGUACCUCGAACCAGAUUUCGAUGCAAUAAACUUUGCCAAUUCGUUAGUCAUAUCGACCAAUGGUCACGACAACAAUCAAUUAGAUUUACGAACACCUUUGAAAAAAUUGAAAUACGACUUGGUUGAACUAGAUAAACGAAUGAAAUGGAUUUCAUCCACAAACUAUGAAUCAUUGACAUUGAAUUGCGCACAAAUUGAACAAUACAAGACUAUUUUGAAUGAUCGUAUUAAUCCUCAAUUGGUCACUAUAAACAGACCAUUUGAAAAGAUUCGAAAGGAAAUUCUUGAACCUUUUGAUGAUGCUGUUAAGUUGAACAAUGCUUUGAAGAAUCUACAUCAAACUUUGGAGUUGUUACGCACGGCUUCAUUUUUUGUAUUCAUUAUUCAACAAUUGGAGGAGUUGCAAGGAUCAGCAGCAGCAACUGGUGGUGGGGAUGCAGAUGUGGUUCGAGCCAGUCGAUUGUAUUUACAAUUGAUGAAUUUGUAUGAAUCUGCAACUUCACCCAAUGAAAGUGCCAAAUCUGACCAUAGUACUAACAUAAUGUCAAUAAAAUUGAUUCGGGAUUAUCGAGCCACGGCAAUAACCAAGAGACAAAGUUUAAUCCAUCAAUGUUCAAUGUUGAUAAAUAGUGAAACUAAUCGAUCAACCUCAUUGAAUGUGAAAAAUUUAAAACUUUGUCACAACUUGCAAGCAUUACAUAUCCUAGACCCCAACGAAUUUUAUCAAGUGCUUGAUAAAUCAACUAUACAAAGACAAGUUUCCACCAGUGGGAACCAAUUGGCCAAAGCAUUACAAUCACCGCGAAAUUUCACGGCGAUAAUGACUGAGGUACAACAAAGUAGCUCAAAUUAUUUUGAUAAACUUGAUGAAGUAUUAACAAGAUGGAAUUUACCACAUGAUAGUAGUAACAAAUCGGAUGAAAGCUUGUUACUGGUGCUGCUAAACCACUACAAAGCUGAUUCGUUGCUGUCGAUCUUCUGGCAAAAGUUGGCCCAACAAUUGAAGCGAAACAUUGUUGCCACUAUGGCUAGAGGUGGACCCAUUGCAAAGAAUUUAAAAGUGUACAGUCAAGGACUCAAGAAUUCAAUUGAGGACAACUUUGCUAAUGACACUAUCAAGCAAGGCAUAUUAGAUGCGUUGUCCAUGAUUGACUACAAAUGA